CUCACUAGUAUAUUAACAGAAAUGAUACUUUUAACGUAAAUGUUAUUAAAAGAGAGUACAUGUGUAAUACUUGUCACCAUGCUUACUGUUCUGGAAUUUAAUGCCAAUGAUGGUACUAAAACUGGUUGUGUAGUUAAUUUGUUUAUACCACAGCAAAUAUACUAGUUAGUGACCAAAAAUUGUUUUGCAAUCUUUUUUUGACAACUGACAUAUGUUUUUGAGAGAAAAAAUUUGCAAACCAAGUAAAAACAAAGGCCUUAUUAAUCUAUGUGUGGUAAGUGAAUCAUGAAACAUUACUUGGCUGUAGGAAGAUGGCAUGGAGGUGAGCAGCUGUAGACAGGAUCCAGCCACAUGGAUCAAUCUUCCUGCUCUAUUCCUUCAGCUCACCCACCAGAUCACUUACCAUUGAUUGUGGCCAUCCAGCCUCACAUUUGAGAAAGCCAAGUGUUCCCCAACCAAGCUCUGCUUUACGAAGCACAAUGGAUUCCACUCCCCACUCCUCACGGACAAAUCCAGAAAACCUAUCAAAAAAGAACUCUAAAUCAGAAGAGCUUCAAAUACCAAAUGGAGAGAAUCCAAAAGACUUGUCAAAUUUCAAAGGAAAUGUGUGUGACAAGCAUAGUGACUCAACUGGUAGUUGUACGGCACAGUGUGAACUUUCCUCAGACAAAAAGUCACCGUCAGAGUGCACGUCCCCACAGAAAUGUGAGACAAAACAUACCGCUCAGGAAGGACAGGAGUCCAGUUCCAGUCAGUCCAGCUCUGAUGUAUCACUGGAAGCCAAUAGGGGUACUAAAAGAGAUAACAGUGUUUUAUCAGAUGAUUCAGAGUCAUCGCCCAAAAAGCCAAACAUGGUCCAGAAAAAUAAGAAGAGGUGUUACAAGUGUAGCUGCAAGCUGGAGCUGGCACAGAGAGCUAUUGGGAGAUGUAGAUGCGGACUUGUAUUUUGCCCCUUGCACAGAUUGCCUGAACUUCAUGAAUGUGAGUUUGACCAUAAAGAAGAAGGCCGUGAGAAAGCACGUGAAAAAAUGGUUAAGCCAACACGCCAUCUUGGAACUUCCUUCAGGCGUCUCGAGUCCGAUUCUUGAGGUGGUGUCUGUUUAGGAAGUGGGAGUAUCAAUGCAAAUACAAACUCAGCUCCUCCAUAAUAGAUUUGUACCACUGACAAAGUUGUGUGAGGGGAUGCCUCUCUCUCAUUCUGUGGUCAGUACAUGAUUGUACAGAAGACAUAUUUCAAGACAUAAUGAUUGUGCAUGUGUCUUCACUUCAUUUCUCAUUGGAUUUUAUACUUGUGCUGGACAUUGGUUUGUAGAUAUGAUGUGUUGUCUUGAUUGGCCAUUGAUUAGCCAAUCAAAUUUGUUAAUGCAGUUAGUCUUGAAUUUUCAUAGACCAAUCAGAUGUGGCUUUACUGUCACUGGUUCUUUUAGGCAAUCAGUGCAACUCUAUCAAUAUUUGGUUUCUAUAUUCUGAAGCUGUUUGUUUUGGUGACCAAGUGUUUGACAUGGUGUGAUUUAUGCACACGAUACCAUUGCGUAGCCUCCUUAUCAUUGACCAGAUUUCAUAAUGAAACCAACAUCACAUAGACAUUGGUCAUUCAUUCAAUGGUACCAAUCAAAUUCUUCAAUUAUUUGAUGUCUAAAAGUGCAGAAAUACUUGAGAGAAGGAAAAAAAUUGUUUUAUGAUUUAGAAUAAAAAUGUAGAUAUAUAAGAAAUAAUUUAUCAAACUUUUUACUGAAUUUAUUGCUGAUUGCUUCUGAAACUAUCCUCCAACUUAUGUACUGCUUGUCAAAUCCUUUUUUCAGUUUUGUUGUCUAGUAACAAUUGAAGGGAUACGUUAACUUUCAAUAAAUGUCACUGGGGAUUUUGAUAAAGAUUAAUAGCAAUUGUCAUUGGUAUGUUUUUCAAGUAUGGUUAAGGGUCUAUUCAUCCUGAAAUGAUUAAGAUUGUGAAUUGCUUGUUAUUUUUAUGAAUCCUAUGUUAUUUAGUGGUUAAUGACCAGAGUUCAAAAUUAAGCAUGAAAGUCAAUUGAUACUUGUCAUUGUCCUAAUGUGAAAUGUUCAAGAUUUUGGGUGCUUAGAUUCAAAUACUAUCGGAGCAAAGGUUCCCAGUAUCGCAGUGAAUUGUUAACACUGCUGAUCCCAAUUUCUUCCUGCUCUCAAGUAUUGGUGUAUAGAUAGCAGCAGCGUGCACUACAUCCAAGUGAGUGGUGGAGUAGACGUGUGAGAUGUGUUGAUUGUGGAAGCCUGCAGCUGGUCUGUGUACAAACGGACACCACUAAUGUAUUGUAUCUACCUCUGCCUUGCAGGCUGUUGUCGUAUAAUGUACAUGCUGCUUUUAAGCUGCCUAGCAAGGGCCAAUGUGUUUUCAUGUAACUAAGCAUUGCAUUAUUGUGGUCCUGCUUUAAGUUCCAUGGAAUUGCCUGCAGUUACCGCCACCACACUUGAUUUCGAAAUCACAAGUGUUAAGAUUUUGGGGGACUAGAUUUUCAUAGAACAUUUUUUUACAUAUUUAUUAUUUAUGUCAAAAGUCAUGGUCACUUCUGGAGUUCUUGUACUAUAACAACAUAACAUAAAAAAAAUACUGUUUUUUACUGAUACAUCAUGUUAAGGGGAUGUCUCAAACUGAUUUGAUUUCUGAUGACCCUGUUAAAAGUUACGGGUGAGAUGUGUUUAUGUAUAAUUUAAUUCUUUGAGAUAUGUCUUUUCGGCAACAAGCCCUUUCCAAGUCAUUUACCUAUAUUGAAUAACUUGUGAAACUUUGAAGGUAAUGAAGGUGAAGGUCAAAGAGAAAAACUAGACUUUCUCAAUGUUUGGCUGUGUAAUAAAAAUUCAAAUGGAAGUAUCAUUUAUGUUCUUGUAUAUCUACUUUGAUAGUACUAGUGUUGAAAUGUAUUCGCUAACAGGCAAACUGUGUCUUUCACACAUAAUGUAGGUCACCUACUUUUUGACCUACUUUUUCGAAAUUGCUAACUAGAAGAAAUUCUUCCUCAUACAAUAACAAAACUCAAGUCAUUAGUGGUAGAUAUGACGCGAUAACUGAAGACGUUUUACUGGGGUACUUUUUCUUUAUAGAAAUGCGAAUUUGGUGUCAGUCUAGGUAGAAGGGGGAUGGGUCUGCCUCGGAUUUAGUUGAUAUUGGAUUUCAAUAAAUAAAAAUACUAAAUAAAUAUUUUAGUCACAUAUAUAUAUAUCAACUUCUUGUUAUUGGUAUAGUUUUCAGAUAAGCAACACAUUCACCUGGAGGAAAUAUUUUUUGUUUUUAUUCAAACAAAAUUUGAUGAUUAUUCAGAUUGUCCUAAUUUCGUCAAAUCCAUCUCCAUGAACUACGGGGUACUAUAAAUACCUAUUUGUCCGUUAAAUAUUGUUUUUAAGUUUUGAUUUAUCAGUAUGGCUGCUGGUAAAUCCGCAGCCAAUGAUGUACUAUGUGUGUGGCAGCAUGCACCAAGCUUUUUAUGUUCACACAUUUGUCAGUUACACUUAUUUCUUCUGGACCGUGGUGUUACCUGGACUAUAUGUUGUUGAAACCUAGGCCAUCACAAUUAAUUGUUAGUUUUUGUCCUUCCCUGCCAAAGUUUCUGAUCCAUCCUACCUCAUUUGAUUCCAUUGUUUACCGUAAUUAGUAUCAAUUUGUUUCAGGAAAAUAGAAUGGAAAAGACUAACACUGCCAUCCUGUUCCCAACGUUCACAUUUCAGAAAAUGUGGAUUAAAACUAAGAACUGAUUUGUGAUGGCCUAUCCAUCUGGUAUUAUUUCCCUGAGAAUAUUACACUUAAGGAUGUUCGCUGGUCUUGACUAAUCUAAAUUUCAAUUAGAAAAUGGAAGUGUACAUUUCUAUUGCACUAUGUACACUUGCCAUAUUCGACAUAAUAAGAGCCCAGGGCGCUCUCAAAAUUAGAAAUAGGGGGUUCUUAUUUGAAUAUUAUUUUGGUGAAAAAAAACAGAGUUGAAAGAUCGUAAAUUUUGGGGUUUAUCCUGACAGCCUGAAAUGUUUAUGUACGACAUAUAUUUUUCCAGAAUUUAAUUUCCCAUAUUUAAGGAUGCAUAUUUUACACGAAUAAAUAAGUCUUAUGUACAUUAAUUAACAGGAAUGGGUGCUUAUUUGGAUCGUUCAAUAGCCAAUAUAUAAGCAAAUAUGGCCGUGGGCCGUCAAAGACGGUAUACCAACCAAGCCAAAUUCACACUUUAUGGAGGUAUGCCGGCAAAUAAUUCUCUGUUAACAGUUUGCGUGACAGUGAAUAAUGUUAUCUAUUUUUAAAACAUGUUUUAACACAUUGAGGAAACAUUAAGAACACAAAAUGUCACAAAAACGUUAUUAUUCAGUGACGUCAUUGUUAAAAUUAAUUUGCAGCCCUACUCCCAUUCUCUUUUGAUAUGAGCAAUACACAACCUGUUCUUAAAUGGGAAUUAAUUCUUUCUUUUUGAUAUAAUGAUUAUUGUUUCAUUCAGACUUACAUAUGACUCUGUUUCACGAUUGAGCUGUGAACACAAAACCUACCAGCGGACAUCCUUAUCACGGAGUACAUGUGUUUGAAUCUGAAUCUUGAAGUAUGAAUAUAUUUGUUUAUAGGAAUGUCACGAUUCACCGAUUGUUCCGAUGCAACGGUAGAUAAUUCUCAUGAUACGAUACGAGAUACAUGUAAAUUUAUAUCGAAAUCAGUAUCCAUUUGUUCGCGUAUCGAUUGAUUUUUCUUUUCGAAUCGAAAGGUCAUCAAAUUUCCUGGAUUAGACACAUACGAAAACUUGUUAGUGUCUAAACUUGUUUGAAUAAACAGAAUCAACCUUUUCUAAGUAUUAUUAUUUUACAAAAUAAUCUACUGAUAGUGAUUAGAACACAUAAUUGUCAAUGUGAUAUGUAAUUAAAAAGUUUGCUUCUAAAUUUACGCAUAAAAAGUUGGUAUUGCUGUAUCGAGAUACGUAUCGUAUCGUGAGGUACCUGUAUCGUGACACCCCUAUUUGUUUAACAUAAUCCUUAUAUUGCCUUCUGAGUACAGUAAUAGGUAAGUGUACAAUGAUCUGGAGUUCCGUGUUUCUGGCUGUAACUUGAUCACAGAUAACCCAAAUUGUCAUACAGACGUCGGGCGGUCGGGUAGCCUAGCGGUUAAAGCGUUCGCUGGUCACGCAGAAGACCCGAGUUCGAUUCCCGACAUGGGUACAAUGUGUGCAGCCCAUAUCUGGUGUCCCCCGCUGUGAUAUUGCUGGAAUAUUGCUAAAAGCGGCGUUAAACCAUACUCACUCACUCACUCAUACAGACGUGGGGAAGAACCAUGUAUUUUCAGUAAGGUAAUUAUUAAUAUCAAAAUGACAAUGAGUUGCCCAUCAUGACAAAAAAACACACUACUCACAAAGAAUUUGCCCACCAAGAAGCAAAAGGUGUAUCAGUUUGAGAUAAAAAUGUUUGGAUGGAUUUUAUGUAAGUUAGGUAUCGUUAACUACUCACAAAUAGUUAAGGAUCACCAAAUUCUUUCAUAUUACCGUGGGUAAUCUGUCAUGAUGACUCUAGUAAUAUGAAAGAAUUGGGUGACCCUCAACAUUUUUUUAGUAGUAUUUGUAUAGUUGACCCGUUUAUCAUCCUGAAAAUGUCAUGGAUACCGUAGCUAUUCCAUUUACAGUGUAUUACAUUACAAAGUAUAUUUUCAUAGUAUUGUUUGGGUACAUUUGUUUAGCUGUCAUCUGAUUCAAGAAAAUUAUGAAGCAUCACAUUCAUUGCUUAAGUUAGAUACACAUACAUGUUUGGGAAAUUAUCUUAUUUUAAUUUUUCAAUUAUUUUAUUUUAACUCAAAAAAUUAAGUUUAUUAAGUAAGCUGACUGAUCAGUGAUAAAGUUUCAAUUAUAAACUGAAUAAAACUUUGUAAGAUGAAAAUAUUAGUGUAUCAACAUGAUAUUCAUCUUUCAAAGACAUUUGACACUUUACCACAAAUCAAUGAAAUCUCAGGUUUUAAUUGUACUGAUGAAUAUUGAACAUGUGAUGCGAUAUAAUGCCAGGCAUACAGAGUUGUCUCCCCUUUAUUCACCCACGCUAUCAGGAGUUGAUCAUCUGGUUAAAACAAGGUUUCAAUAAGAUAUUGUCUUUUAAAUGAGAUAGGGAUAUUCUGUUUAUAUUUGUAGAUUUACAUGUUGAUUAGUUUGUAGACAAAUAGAAUUAUUUAUUACCUGGAGUAGUGUUCCUUUGUUAUGGCUAUUCAGUCAGAAAUGAUUUUGUUUACAAAUAUUUAAAGAAUCCUCAUUUGUAAACUGUGCAGAGAAUAUACAACAUUUAUUUAACUAUUGAUGUCUUGAUAGUAGGAGACAAUGGUACAUUGUACUCAGUGUUGGAAAAAAGUGCUGUGAAAUUGAUAUUCCAUUUGCCGAAAGAACAUAAAAAAACAUAAGCUCUUCCUUGUGUCAUUUCAAGUAUGGAUGGGAAUAAGUCCUUGCAUUGUGACGGGAGGUUGAUAGGAAACUAUGGAAUUUAAUAAUGCAGGCAAGAUAAAUAUACAAAAUCCAUCUCGUUUGGCAAAUACUCAAUAUUAAUCUAGUGUGUUUAACUGGUAUGAAAUAAUAUUUUUUAGACUCCGAUAUUACUAUGAUAUACUGCAGCUUAAAUCCUAUAUUUUAAGUGCAGCAUCAUGUCAUGAUGCAAGUUAUGUUUCUGUUCAAUCAACUUGGAACAGGUCAGUAUAGUGGAAUGAUUAUUGUAAAUGCUGUAAUUAUCAAAUUUGUCAAAUUAGCUGUGUAUAUGUGAUUGUGUUAUGGAAGGAUCCUGGUUACUUCAUGGCAGUCAGCUGUUCACACAUACUUAGCAUCCACAGAAGUACUUCCAUGUCUAUGGGAGAAGGGGACGAUUAUCAGGCUACACCGAGAUAUCUCACCCUUAGACUGCAUAAUGUUUCUUCCAACUGAUUCUCAAAAUGUCAUCUUGUCAAAGGUCGAUUCGCUUAAAUGUUUCUUUCUUUAAAAAUUUGGUUUUACAAACAUCUUUAUUAAUUUGAGGUUUUACAAAACAAAGUAAGUUUGAUAUCCUUAACUGCUGUGAAUAGACAGCCCCUCCUACAUUUUUUGUAUUCUAAAAUUGUCUGCAUGAUAAAGGCUGAAUGAACCACUUGGUAACAGUGUACAUGUAAGUGUGUAAUACACUGCUCAAUAGAAGUUAAGAACACCUUAUGACAUGACUCUAGUUAAUCUGUGAAAGCCAUUGCAGAUUAACUUUCGUCAUUUAAAAACGUUGGGUAUUCUUUCAGUUCUUAUGAGUAGUAUAAUUUGAAGGGUACUACAUUCUUAGUCAUCUGGAUUUUGUUGUCUGAUUUUACAAAAAUCUGAUAUCAAGUGUACCAUUCAAAUUUUUGUUAUUUAUAGAUUAUACCUAUAUUGAAAUUGCAUAUCACACCUGCGAUAUGCAACUAGAUUGUCUUGUUUGAUUUUCAGUGCUUCCAUCCCUGUAGCUCUUUUAGUAGUGAAGCACUUAAGAUUUUAGUGAAAAUCUGAUGCAUGCUGGUACAGAGAUUAUUUUUGUUUCAAUACCUGCUCAAGAGAUUUCCCUAGACCAUGUUAUUUUUAGAAGUUAAUUUACAUAUUACAUGAAGGAUUAAGCGGUUCUCAAAUUACGAUGACUGCACUUGUAAUUAAGAUUGAUAGGAUGUAUAUUCGUUUCUUGUAUCCUUGUGUUACUUUGUUUUUAUCUUGUACUAUGUUGUUCAAUAGAGUGACACUUUUGAUAGGGAUUAUUUAAAGAAUGUGGUCUUUCUCUACAAUCAUCUCGACAGGAGCUGUGUUUAUCUGGGGAAAUCUCAAGUGGGACAGUUAACAUCAUCAAUUGGCAAUAACCAUUCUGUACCUCAUUGUCUAGGUUUAGGAUAAUGAUUAUAACAUCAAUAAAUGACACCAGUAUAAUACCACAUUGCAUCUUUGAUUAUUUGGGGUUUCGAGUGGAGGUGGUUUGAUCCAAGGUCGCACACAGCAAUGUUUUGGAAAUAGGCGCCUUUGAAAAUAAAACUUUUCACAUCUAA